AUUUAAAGAGCCGCCUCCUGGAGAGAGCAGUCAGAGCAGCAAGAGGCUUGAGCUGAGACAACGUGAGCAAAUAAAUGAAAUCAGUUGUGACAAUGAAUAAUACCUCGUUGUUUUCUUUCAUUUAGUUUCCUAAUGAAUGUUAGCUUGAUUUGAGUCAAGAAAACAUCAAUGUCACCCAUUUAAGUUUUAACAGCAUACAAAAGCAUGGAAAAGCUGCCUUCAGAGAGAGGACAAACUAUAAAUGAUUCCGAUACUGGCCAAAAUGAGAAUGCCCGUGGAGGCAGACAACGGCAAGGUGCACAGAGAAACGGACCAGAGGAACAAGAGGGCAGAAGAAGAGCAGAGCAAGCAAGAGAAGUGGCAGACGAUGGAGGAAGAACAGGAGGUGAAGGGGUGUGGAGGGGAGACAGAGGAAGGGGAGGAAGAGCCAAUACAGGAAGAGGAGGAGAAAGGAGUGGAGUAAGAGGAGGCAGAGGUGGGACUAACGGCAGAGGAGGUGGAGGUGGAGGUGAAGGGGUGCAAGGGAGAGGCCCACGGGAAGAAGCAGUCGCAUGGAGAGGGGUUGUAGGAGGAGGAACUAGAGGCAGAAAUGAAGGAAGAGGUGGUUGGUUAGCGAGAAACGGGGACCCCGGCACGGCUGAAAGAGGCAGAGGACGAAUGGGUGGAAGGGGAGGAGGUCACAGUCUGGAUAGAAGAGGGGGUGGCAGAGCAGACAGCACCGGAGACAGACGAGGCAGGAAUGGAUGGAGGUCACCGUCCGAGUGCAGAGGUGGUGCACCACAGGGCCCUCGCCUGGGCUACAAAGCACUGGAAGAACUCGCUCAAGAAGCGCCAUCGAUAGUGGCCAUCAGUCUGUCCAGUCACCCCGCUCUACCAGGCCUCCUGAGCGAGUCACAGCUGAGGCAGGACCUCGUGGAACUCCUCUGUGUGGUGAUGAGCAGAGCUUUCAAGUCAAGGGCGGAGAGGAGCACGCUGCAGCACCUGGCCAACAUCAUAAAGGAGUCUGAGUUCUUCCGCACCGCCCUGCUUCACUAUGUGGGCAACAUGGGGACGGAGUCCAACCCUCAGCGGAGGGCACGCUACCCACAGCAGCUGGAGAACAUCCUGGCUAUUCUCUCCAAGGUGUUUAGCACCUUCCCUGCUAGCUCCGUUAAGUCGGUGGGUUUGCUGCUGACGCUGGUCCGAGCCUCCACCAACACCCUGAGGGCCUCAGGGCUGGACAUCUCAGCCCAGGUGGAGCGGUCCAUGGAGACGCUCCAGGACCAGGUCCAGCACCUGCAGGAGAGAGCCAGAGAAGGGACUCUGCGCUCAGACAAGGACACCUACGCGCUCCUGCAGGCAGCGGGUGCCAACCCGGGUGAGGAGGAGCAGCAGGAUUUCAGGUCUAUACCCAUCUACCCAACUCCUGAGGAGUUCCAGCAGGACACCAGGCCCUUCCUUAGACCCAACCUCACCUCCCAGCGCUACACAAACACGCAACUCUACCUGGACACACACUUUCGUCUGCUGAGGGAGGACUUUGUGCGGCCACUUCGCGAGGGGAUCCAGGAACUGCUGGACGCCCAGAAGGACGUGGGACGGAGCGAUAAGCCGCUGAGGAUGAGGCCUUUCAAUGACAUUUACAUAUAUUUCAACACAAAAGUCAUAGCACCUAACUGCACACGCAACGGCCUCGCCUACAUCGUCCACUUUGACAAGAAGCCACUUAAGUUUGUGCGCUGGCAGAACUCCAAAAGACUGCUCUACGGUUCCCUGGUCCUCCUGUCCUGCGAUAACUUUGCGAGCUUCCUGUUUGCCACCGUGUCGGAUCGGGACCCCGCUGAGCUGCAGAAGGGGCAGGUCCAGCUCACCUUUACUCAGGAAAGCAGAGUGAGGCUGGCCAGAAUCCAGCACGAUCAGAAGUUCCUGAUGGUAGAGAGCACAGCCUACUUCGAGGCUUAUCACUACGUCCUGGAGGGACUACAGGAGCAGGAGGAGGACGACCUGCCUUUCCAGAGGUAUAUUGUGGAGUGCAACACCGACGUGCAGCCCCCAGCUUACCUAGGAGGACGUGCUGAGUACGACCUGGCGUCCAUUGCUGAACCGAAGUGCGUGGUGCGGCCCUUUCACGCCCUCGAUGACGCGGCCUGGCCGAGGAUGGAGGAGCUGGGGCUGGACGAGUCCCAGAUGAGGGCUCUGCAGCUGGCCCUCACCAAGGAGCUGGCCAUCAUACAGGGCCCCCCCGGCACUGGGAAAACCUAUGUAGGGCUUAAAAUUGCUCAGGCUCUGCUGAUGAAUAAAGACCUUUGGAUAGAUGAGCUCGACAGGGCUCCCAUGUUGGUUGUGUGCUACACUAAUCAUGCCCUGGAUCAGUUCCUUGAGGGCAUUCACAGCUUCCUGGAAACGGGCAUCGUGAGAGUGGGAGGCCGCAGCAACAGUGAGAUCCUGAAGCCUUUCAAUCUGAGGGAGCUGAGCCGCUCACAUAACUACAGAGUCACACCUCGCAAUCAACUGCGCCUCCCGCAGCGCUCUCUGCAGUCUGCAUAUGACCAGAUCUACAAGGAGCUGUGUGAGGAGGAGCAGAGGAUGCAGUCUAAGAGCAUGGAGCUGCAGUGUACAUGGAAAGGCGUCCUGCGUGAGAACAUCCUGACGAGGUUCAUCUCUGACAGACACUGGACCAGUCUGCAUCAGCCUAUGCAGCAUGACUUUGACGUCUACAAUGAGUGGCAGAAGAAGAAGCCGAGUGUGAUGAUGGAGUGGUUGGGUUUGGGUUCCACCGUUUCCCAGCAGAGGGAGACAGAGGACGCAAAUGCACCCGAGGAAGACGACUCCUCGGACUCAGAGGUGGAAGACCUGAUUGAAAUAGCAGAGGAGGCAGAUCUGAUCCAGGCAGAGCGCAUGAUUGAGGACGGUUCCAGAGGUGAAGGAGGAGGCAGAAAGAAGGGAGGCGCGGAGGGGAGCAUCAGAGCUGUAGAGGAACACAUGCUGGCGAUGACCCUGGAUGCAGACGUGAAGCCCGCUGAGCAGAGCGCGGAUGGAUUUCAGAUGCAAAAGAAUCAGAAGAAGAAGAUGAAGCGUAAAGUCAAAAAUGAACUGAAAAAGAGCUCGGCCAUGACUGAAGCAGAGGAAGGUUACGUCUACAGUGUCUGGACCCUCAGUCUGCCAGACAGAUGGCAACUCUACCGGUUGUGGGUGGGACGAUACAGAGACGAGUUACGCACAAAGAUCCUGCAAUGUGAAGACGCCUAUCAGAAUGCAGUGGACAGACUGGCUGAUGUGAAACAAAGGGAAGACCUUUGUGUCCUUCAGGAAGCCACGGUCAUCGGCAUGACGACCACCGGGGCAGCCAAGUUCCGGACGCUUCUGCAGGAAGUGCAGCCGCGGCUGGUGAUCGUGGAGGAGGCCGCGGAGGUCCUCGAGGCUCACACCAUCACCACGCUGAGCAAAGUGUGCCAACACCUCAUCCUGAUCGGCGACCACCAACAGCUGCGUCCUAGUCCAAAUGUAUAUGACCUGGCCAAGAACUUCAACCUGGAGAUGUCCAUGUUUGAGAGGCUGCUGAAGGUGGGACUUCCUUAUGUCAGGCUCAACUACCAGCAUCGCAUGAGGCCAGAAAUUGCCUGUCUUCUGACCCCACACAUCUACUCAGAGCUGCAGAAUCAUCCCUCCGUUCUGGACUUUGACAACAUCAAGGGCCUUAUUACCAACUUAUUCUUUGUGGAGCACAAUCAUCUCGAAGAACAGAUCAAAGAUGGGAGAAGCCAUCAGAACAAACAUGAGGCCCUGUUUGUGGUUGCUCUUUGCCGCUAUCUUCUCCUACAGGGCUACAAACCGCAGCAAAUCACCAUCCUCACCACCUAUACGGGUCAGCUGUACUGCCUGCGCGGACUAAUGCCUGCCAGCGAAUUCUCAGGGGUUAAAGUGCACGUGGUGGAUAAGUACCAGGGAGAAGAGAACGACAUCGUCUUGUUGUCUCUGGUUCGCAGCAACGUGCAGGGGAAAGUGGGCUUCCUGAACAUCCCCAACCGCGUCUGCGUAGCCUUGUCUCGUGCCAAGAAGGGCCUCUAUUGCAUUGGAAACAGCGCAAUCCUGGGACACGUCAAACUGUGGAGCAACAUCUUCCACACUUUGCGGGAGAAGAACCAGGUUGGACAGGCUCUAACGCUGUGCUGUCAGAACCACCCCGAUCGCCUGGUAGAAGCGUUUUGUGCUGACGACUUCAAAAAAGCUCCAGAGGGCGGCUGCCAGGAGCCCUGCCAGUUCCGUUUGGACUGUGGCCACGUUUGCACCAGAGCCUGUCACCCCUACGACGCCGAGCACAAGGAGUUCAAAUGCACCAAGACGUGCGACAAAGUGCUGUGUGACCUGGGGCACAAGUGCACCCUGGUGUGCCACAAGACGUGCCCAAAGCAAUGUCCUGUGAUGCUUCCGAAAGUCAUCCCCAGGUGUCAGCACACGCAGAUGGUCCCCUGUCACCAGGACCCACAGACCUUCUCGUGCCGGGAGCCCUGCCAGAAAACGCUCCCCUGUGGACAUCCGUGCGACUCGCUCUGCGGGGGGCCGUGCACGCGGCGAUGCAUAGCGCUAGUCACGUUAGCGCUGAAGUGCGGCCACAGCCAGAGGGGGGCUUGCUUUUACCAGACAGGGACGGAGGAGCCUGAAUGUCGCACGCCGUGCGCCCAUCGGCUGAAGUGCGGCCACGGCUGCGCCGGCACCUGCGGCCGGUGUCAUCAGGGCCGCUUCCACUCGCCGUGCGUCCGCCAGUGCGAGCGUCUCCUCAUCUGCUCCCACGGGUGCAGGGAGCCCUGCACCGGCGACUGCCCGCCCUGCCAGAGGCCCUGCGAGAACUUCUGCAUCCACAGUAAGUGCAUGAAGCCGUGCGGGCAGCCCUGCGCGCCGUGCCGGGAGCCCUGCGCGUGGCAGUGUCCGCACCAGACCUGCAGCAAGCUGUGCCACGAGCCGUGCGACCGGCCGCCGUGCACGCAGCCCUGCGCCCGGACGCUGGCAUGCAGCCACCCGUGCAUAGGUCUGUGCGGAGACAAGUGUCCCAGCAAGUGUCGCGUCUGUGACCGCGAGGAGGUCACAGAGAUCUUCUUCGGCACCGAGGACGAGCCUGACGCUCGCUUCAUUCAGCUGGAGGACUGCGGACACAUCAUUGAAUUCACAGCCAUGGACAGGUACGUGGGAGAGGGCGAUGCCGAGGAGGCCAUAAAACUGAAGGAGUGUCCCAAGUGUCGAGCCCCGAUCCGCAAGAACCUGCGCUACGGGUCCCACAUCAACCGCAGUCUGGCUUCGAUAGAGAUGGUGAAAGCAAAGAUAAAUGGAAAUCAGGCAGAUAUUGAAGAACAGAGGAGCGCUCUUGAGCAACAGUGGGAGAAAAACCUUGACUUUGACCUUAACUUUCAGUAUGAUAAACGAACCUAUAAGGAAAUCAGUGAGAAUCUGAAGAAGAAACAUCUUACUGCAAACGACCUGCGGAUUCUGGAACACAGGAUGGAUUUUUUAGUAAGAGUUGAGAAGUUACGUCAGUUUGACAGAAGCCAUUACUAUGGGUGUGACUCUGAGUGUGACUUUGGGUUCACAAAGAGCAUGGCCACGUUUGAGGACUGGAUCAACAACCCCUACCUGAGAUUCACAGAGCAGCAGGUGUUCGACCUGGAGAGGCAGAUGGCCCGGCUCACCUGUCUGUGCCAGCUCCUCGCCCACGUCCGCUCAGCCGAUAGGCGACAGAGCGAGGACAUAAAACCUCAGCAAGACGCGCUGCGGAGCAUCCUGGAAAAGUCGGGCCAGUUCACUGCCGAGGACGAACUCCUCGCGAAGCAAACCCUCAAGGAACUGGACGACAAGGUCCCGCUCAAAGGCCUGAGGAUCAGCGAAGACGAGCGGAAGAUGAUUGUGUCGGCCAUGAACAUGCGUCCGGGACACUGGCACAAAUGCCCCAACGGCCACAUCUACAUCAUCACCGACUGCGGCGGAGCCAUGGAGAGGCGGAAGUGCCCCGACUGCGACGCCACCAUCGGCGGAAGCAAUCACAGGUUGGAUGAAGGGAAUCAAGUGGCCUCGGAGAUGGACGGAGCCACGCACCCGGCCUGGUCUGAAGCCAACAACAUUCUGAACUUCGAUGACCUGUAGAAGCCCCGUGUUCAGCAGGAUGAGAGCUUAACGCAGGGCCGGUGGAGGCUCAGGGGGCUCACGCAUGCACAUCCACUAUCCUUCCUUCAUGUUUUUAGCAUUAACUGCAGCUGUUUGACGUUUGCGAGGCUCCUUGCAUAAAGUGUUAAUCCCAAAUCUUAACAACAGGUGGCAGUAAAUCACUGUAAAAUAGCAUCCAGUGAAACAAACCCAUUUUUGAUCAUGGCUGCAAAAUCCUCGUCUAGUAUUAAAGUGUAUGGAUCUAUAAGCACAUUCUAGUUUUAUUUGAUACAUAUAUGCCUUUAAAGGUCACUUUUUCUGAAACUAUUAACGAGUUUUUACUGAAUGUAUGUUUAGGGGCUUCUUAUUGACUGAUAGCAUUAAGCUCAACACACGUGAUCUGUACGUGCAUCAUCUACUGUAUGCAAACACGAUGUAACGGAACACAGCGACACUGUGUGAUUCAUGUAUUACCUACAGCGACCAAUGAAAUAAAGACUGUGGCCUCGCG